CUUGAAAGCACCGUAUAAAAGUACCGGGUAUUUUAAUGUUACCAUCCUUAUAUGCAGUGGCCAGUAUUGGACUUGAGGGGGUUUUUGAAUAACUUCACUUGGUGUUUUUUUUUUUUUUGUGAUUUUGUUUAUUGUGACCUACCUAUAUUUUUGGAUUUUUUUGAAAAAUAUAUUUUCGGAUAAUGACAAUUCGGGUCCCAGCAGUGUUUUGUUGCCUGAUAGCCACAGCUUACGCUGCAAUUCAAGCAGGUGAAAACGCUUAUCUUCCUCCAAAAGAUGGUUACAACUACCCACGUCCAAAUGUUCCAUUUCCGAGUGGUCCAAACCUACCUCCGCCUCGUCCUCCUAGACCUGUAACCGUUCCCACGCGUCCUCCUCAAGCUACAGUCCCGCCACCAUUCAGUCCAUCUCCUAGUCCUUAUAGACCUCCUUCGGGACCUCCCGCAGUACCUUUCAAACCUACAACGCCACCAUUUAGGCCUACAAGCCCACCGUAUAGACCUAGUUCACCACCAGCAAGACCACAAGGAACUUCUGCACCAGGCUACCUCCCACCCCAGCAGCCCCCAUCCUAUCGUCCGCCAGCAACUUCUCCCACUUUCAGACCCCAGCCACAACCUCCAAGGCCGAUUCCAACACAACCAAGGCCUAUUCCAACUCAACCAAGACCCACUUCGCCACCGUUCAGGCCUGCGCCUAGCUAUGGACCACCUACAACAGGACCAAGGCAACCGACUGGCCCAGAAGGCAAACCUUUCCAAACUUUCGGAGAAAAUGACCAUCUUCUUGUUCCACACAGUCCAGGCAACCCCUUCGAUUUCAAAUACGAAGUGAAAGACGAAUUCGGCAACGAUUAUUCUCAUAACGCUAUCAACGAUGGUGAUACGACUAAUGGAGAGUACCGAGUACAACUUCCAGAUGGCAGGACGCAAGUUGUUAAGUAUACAGCGAAUUGGGCUAGUGGGUUCCAUGCAAAGAUAUCCUACGAAGGUCAGCCUACAUUCAAGCCUUCUGGUGGUGGAUUUCCAACUCAACGACCUAGUAAUAUCCCAACAAGUCCUACCAGAGGGCAGCAAUAUACGCCAGAUGGAGGGUAUAAGUACUAAUUAGGAUUAGAUGAAUAUAGUACAUUGUUUCGAUUUAAAUUAAUGCACAAGUUGAAAAAGCAGCCGGUUUUGUAAAUAAUACUUAAUUAAAUUGUUUUUUUUGAAUGACUAGUGCCAAAACUGUAUUGUUCUUUUACUAAAAAUGUUAUGUUUGCAGAUACAGGAGAAUAUAUACCUAUUAUAUUGCAUAUGGGUAUUGAGCACGCAUCUCGUUUAUUUUUAAAACCUUAAUUAGAUCAAUUAGGGAUGUAAUUUAUUAUAUUUUGUAAUAAUUAUUUUUGAUAUUGUGAAAAUAAAGAUAUUUUUGUAAUAAUGUA